AUGGCCGAGCCCUGGUGGCGUCGCUGGGGGCCUGCGGAUAUCCGCUCUGGUUGUCGGGAGCCUGCCGGAUCGUGCGUGGCUCCGGCGCCGUACACACUUCUCAGCAAGUUGAGUAAAGCUGAGAGAGUAAACAUUAUGGUCACAGCCGGCAACACCCGUAUGGAAUCUGAACCUUCCAUCUCAACUCGGACCCUUUCCGCAGCUUGCCCGUGCACAGGGCACCUUCUCGGCACUAUAUAUACAAGUUCCCGUACGCACACUGUCACCGCCUCCUCACAAUUGAAGUUAAACAACGGUUUAGCUCAGCGGUAUUGUGAGAAGGACCGGUUGGACACCAAUCGAAAGAGGACCGGUUCGACUCCCCCUCGCGGCGCAAAACUCUAA